AUGCGCAUUUGUUUGGCUGCACAGCAUGCACUCGCAUUCUCGGGCUGUCUAUGGAAGAGGGAUAUUGAGUCAAUUAAACACGAUACCCACUGCCAGCCACGGUGGCAUCAUCGGCGCGUGCGCGCUCGUGCCAGCCUCGCGACCUCUCCAAAUUGCCGCGCGUGGCAUCACCUGCGCAGACCGUCUGCGCCGUCUGCUGGACAGUUUAUAGUCGAGAUGCAGAUACAGACAGGGACACUGAGGACACUGAGCAUCCUGGAUCCCAUCGCGUGGAUCAGGAAUAAGAUUUAGUUUUUAUUUGAAUCGCAUUUUGGCUUGAAGUUCAGUGUGGAGCUUGACGACGGUGUGAAACGGAUUGCGGUCCAUGCGUCUAAUAUGCUCUCCAAAGACGAGUUUGAAUUAAGGAGUGUGAUGUCGAAAGAGACCAAGCUUGCCACAAAUGAGCUUUCUGAGAUUUGCAACAAGAUCAACAACCGCAAUUAA